ACGGCCCCGUGGGAUUCGGGGGCCCCGGCCCCAAAUCCUGCGUCUCCUCAGACCGCCACCACUGCGGGAGGGAGCGUACUGCUUGAAUGUGUUGUUGAGCUCCACUUGUGGCACAGCCAUUGAGAGAAACUCACCCAAGAACUUAUGAGGUUCCUGUGGCAGCUUGCCACUGAAGCAGCCGUGGCCAGUUGGCAAGCCUUUCGGCUUCCUCAGGAUUGGACUACAGCUGCUGGUUCAUGCGUGGUGUCUGCCUGCAGAGAGGAUGAAACUACUGCUGCUGCUUCCUUUUUGGUAUUUGCCACAGGGCUGAACUGCUGCCAAAGAAGAUUGAGCUAGCCCCCGAAGAACUCUUGCUGUAGGGAUCCACUUCCUCCAUAUCCUAAUAACUUUCCCACUACCUCUGGUGAGUGGUGGGCAAGGGGAGAGCUUGAAUGUUUAUUAAAAUAGGCUGUAAAAAAAUUUAUACCUACAGUCAGGGCUACACAGAGAGACCCUAUCUCGUAAAACAAACUUCGAUGGACUGAUCUUGACUGUUCUAGCAAGAUAGAAGGUCAUAAGUCUAAUUUAUAUUCCUGUUUUUGUAAUCAAACUUCCUUAUUCCACUCAAAAAGAUGACUAGGGCAACUAUAAGACAUAUGUUAAAACUACGCCCUUCAGGAUAUCUAUAAUAUUGUGGAGUUUGACUUUAUAAGCCUUUUGUAGAUCUGGCUAGGGGAGAGUGCUCUCAGGUGCAGCCCUCAUCCCACACUGGAAGCCAUACCUAAAUAAGCCUCUUCUUAUUAAAAUUUAUUUAUGGUUAUGGUGAAUCUCUAAGGAACCUGACUGUAACAGAGGCCCUGUGUUAAAUGGGCCUGCCUGAGAGACUGUCCAGCAGGUCAAGGCACUUGUCACCAAGCCUAAACACCUAAGGUGGAUCCCUAGGACACCCAUAGUGGAAGGCGAAAUGACUCUUGAAAGUUGUCCUUUGUCCUCCUAAACAUGGGACAUGGAGAGCUGUGCAUACAUUGCGUGCUCUCUCUCUCUCUCUCUCACCCCCCACACUAAAUAGAUAAAUGUAAUUAAAAAAUGAAAACAAUGCCGGGCGUGGUGGCACACGCCUUUAAUCCCAGCACUCGGGAGGCAGAGGCAGGCAGAUUUCUGAGUUGGAGGCCAGCCUGGUCUACAAAGUGAGUUCCAGGACAGCCAGAGCUACACAGAGAAACCCUGUCUCGAAAAACCAAAAAAAAAAAAAAAAAAAAAAAAAAAAAAAAAAAAAGAAGAAGAAGAAGAAGAAGAAAAGAAAAGAAAAGAAAACAACUGGAGGAAUAUAGUUUAGUUCAGUGAUGCAGUAUUUGUUGAGCUUGAGUAGAAUGCUAGGUUUGCUUCCUAGCACUUCACACACACACACACACACACCACAAGAUACACUUGUAAAGAUGACUAUCAUAGUAGCUUUCACCCACACACAGCUACAAGAGGAGACAUAGCCAGUUAUUUUAUUUUAUUUAUUUAUUUUUUUUGAGACAGGGUUUCUCUGUAUAGCUCUGGCUGUCCUGGAACUCAGUCUGUACACCAGGCUGGCCUCAAGCUCAGAAAUCCACCUGCCCCUACCUCCCAAGUACUGGGAUUAAAGGCGUGUGCCACCACUACCCAGCUACAUAGCCAGUUACAAGAUAGAAAUACAACCCCAUAAAAUGCGUUACAGGAAAGUCCAAAUGACAAGUUGCUGCCCUCAGACUUUGACAACUGAGAAGAGGAUCAGAAGAAUUUAUUACUCACAAGCCCAGAGGAGAAACCUACUGUUGGUCUGAGCAAUUGCACAGAUGGGUUUCUAUAACAUUUAUAGUUAUAACAUUAUUGCUAAGCCAAUAAUCUUCAUUGGUGCCUUAAACUAAAAACCAUAAAAGGGUCGAUGUAAGUCUAUAAGGGGAAGUCUCUCUGUGUGGUUGGUCAGUCAAGCACUUUUGAGAAUCAGAUAUUGGAGCUAUGGUUAGAGCUUUCUCUUUUUGAAGGACAAUUGUUAGAUGGCUGCUUUGUCAGGAUAACCAGUUACUAUUUCUCAGGAGAGUUUAUACAGUUAUGCCCCCCCUUCUUUUCUAUUCUUGUCUUAAUUUUCUCCAAAUCAGUGCAUACUCCAAUAGAAACUGUAACAUCCAAGACACCCAGUUAUAACAUAUUCUAGAUUAUUCUGCACAACACCCAGAAGGUAGGAGAACCACACAGGUACACAGAAAUGCAGUUACUUUGCCACAGAAGAUCACAUCCUUCCACGAAGUACACACAAAGCAACAAGUUGGGAUGGGGCUCACCACCUUUCUCUCUGCAGGCACCCCAUUUGCGGAUUUCGCAAGGUCUGGCCUCCAGGCGUUCUUAUUGAACUUGGGAUCCCGCUUCUCAGGCUCUGGGCAACUAGCUAACCAGGAAUGGGCGGGGCAGAAAUACAGUUGGCCAAUCGGGUUUGCACACUUGUUUCCGCCCCUUCCUGGUUCUGCUGUUUAAAGGAGAGACCUGCCUGGGCAUGGAAGAACCCGCUUGCAAAACCAGGCAGCUGCCUUGGCUCUUUUAAAAGGCAGAGCCACAGAGGAGGCGGUGUUCUGGGAGGAACCAAGGAGGAACCAAUGAGCAACCCCUAUUAGGCCUAGUGUGCUGGUCCCGGAGCACAGCCCGCAAGCACCAGGUAUGAAGGGUAUGGGGUGGGAGAAGGCUGGUCCCCGCUGACGCUCAGCCCUUCCAGGUUAUGGUUCCUGCAAUGCUCACCGGCUACAUGUCCCUGAGAGGAGUCUCCGCGCGGUUGCUGAGCCGCAGGUCCGGCCUGCGCUUCCCGCGUUUUCCACGUACCUGGAGCUCGGCGGCCGCCCACACCGAGAAGACACAGAUCCGACCGGCCAAAUCCUCUCGCCCCGUGUUUGACUGGAAGGACCCACUCAUACUGGAGGAGCAGCUGACUGCCGAUGAGAAACUGAUCAGGGACACCUUCCGUAACUACUGCCAGGAGCGGCUUAUGUCUCGAAUUCUGCUGGCUAAUCGAAAUGAAGUUUUUCACAGGGACAUUGUGUAUGAGAUGGGGGAGCUGGGCGUGUUGGGACCCACCAUUAAAGGGUAUGGCUGUGCUGGUGUGUCGUCGGUGGCCUAUGGGCUCCUGACCCGAGAGCUUGAGAGGGUGGACAGUGGCUACAGGUCGAUGAUGAGUGUUCAGUCCUCCCUUGUCAUGCACCCCAUCUAUACCUAUGGGAGCGAGGAACAGCGACAGAAAUAUCUGCCCGGACUGGCCAAGGGUGAACUUCUGGGCUGCUUUGGACUUACAGAGCCCAACCAUGGGAGUGACCCAGGUGGCAUGGAGACCAGAGCUCGCCACAAUCCAUCAAACCAGAGCUACACUCUCAGUGGGACCAAGACCUGGAUCACCAACUCCCCUGUGGCUGACCUAUUUAUAGUGUGGGCUCGGUGUGAGGAUAACUGUAUUCGGGGCUUCAUACUGGAGAAGGGUAUGCGGGGCCUCUCAGCCCCUAGGAUUGAAGGAAAGUUCUCCUUGCGGGCCUCGGCUACCGGUAUGAUCAUCAUGGACAGUGUGGAAGUGCCUGAGGAGAAUGUGCUGCCUAAUGUAUCCAGCCUGGCGGGCCCUUUUGGCUGCCUUAACACUGCCCGCUAUGGCAUCACAUGGGGUGUGUUGGGAGCUGCUGAGUUCUGUUUGCACACAGCCCGGCAGUAUGCCCUAGACAGGAUCCAGUUUGGAGUCCCCUUGGCCAGGAACCAGCUGGUUCAGAAGAAGUUGGCAGACAUGCUCACUGAGAUCACACUGGGACUCCAUGCUUGUUUGCAACUUGGCCGUUUAAAGGAUCAGGACAAGGCUACCCCAGAGAUGGUCUCCAUGUUGAAGAGAAACAACUGUGGAAAAGCCCUGGAUAUUGCCCGCCAGGCACGAGACAUCCUGGGAGGAAAUGGGAUUUCUGAUGAGUACCAUGUCAUCCGGCAUGCUAUGAAUCUGGAGGCAGUGAACACUUAUGAAGGUACACAUGACAUUCAUGCUCUGAUCCUUGGGAGAGCAAUUACUGGGAUUCAGGCAUUCACGGUUGGCAAGUGAAACUACUUCAACAGAGAAAUACUUUGCCCUGAGUCUGCUCAAGAAGAAAUGUAUGGACACAACUUUUAUGGUGGAAAGUGAGACACUGAUUUGAGAUUCAGGACAUUUCUUUCUGGAAGACAUUCAGAUAUGCUCUAUAGAAAGAAGAUGAAAUUAAUUCUCUGUAUGGCCCUCAGCCCUUUUUAACUGGAUGAAAUCAGCCUCCACCUACCCUGUUUUAAGUUUUUUGGAACUGGGUGAGACAAAGGGGAGUAACACAGGAGCCACUGAGAUGGAGCAGACCUUGUGAGAAGGUGCAAUGGACUUUACAGUUUACCUUGCCUCUAUCCCAGGGGCAGUGCCUUCUAUGUGCACUGAACAGAUAAGAGAUGAAAAUAAAGAGCCUGUGCCUUACUCCUAGGACUGGACUAGGUCUACUGGUAACCAUGGAGAGGUGGUUUGGGGAAUUUCUCAUAGGAGGGAUAAACAUGCCUGGGGGUUGUGCCAUGCUGGAAUAGCACACAGAGUUUGAGCUAGACAUUCUGACUGGCAGGGGACACUUUGUCCUUUCCCUCAUGACACAGCUAACUACACAAUAAACAACAUGGACAAUA